CCGAGCUGACCCGAGCGCAGCCGAGCGGAGCCGAACGACUUCGUUUCCUUGGCCGUUCCCCACGGGGUGACCUCGGUGCCAGGCGGGCUCCCRCGCCCCUGCCCCGUGCCCAGCCAUGGCGUCGCGCAUCGGGCUGCGGAUGGAGCUGAUGAAGCAGCAGGCGCAGCAGGAAGCGGAGCGCGAGCGGGUGCAGCAGCAGAUGAUGAUGAACUACAUGCAGCAGCAGCGCAUGCCYGCGGCCUCCAGCCCCGCCAUCAACACCCCCGUCCACUUCCAGACCCCGCCGCCCGUGCCCGGAGAAGUCCUCAAGCCCUCUGCCCUUCAGCUGCCCAUGUCCAGCAGCCACAUGAACGUGUACAGUGGGGACCCGCAGGUGACAGCGUCGCUGGUCGGGGUCACCAGCAGCUCCUGCCCCGCYGACCUCACCCAGAAGAGAGAGCUCACAGAUGCUGAGAGCCGCGCACUAGCCAAAGAGCGCCAGAAGAAGGACAAUCACAACCUGAUCGAGAGACGGCGAAGGUUCAACAUCAAYGACCGCAUCAAGGAGCUGGGAAUGCUGAUCCCCAAAGCCAACGACCUGGACGUGCGCUGGAACAAAGGGACSAUCCUCAAGGCGUCCGUGGACUACAUCAAGAGGAUGCAGAAGGACCUGCAGAGGUCGCGGGACCUGGAGAAUCACUCGCGGCGCUUGGAGAUGACGAACAAGCAGCUGCUGCUCCGCAUCCAGGAGCUGGAGAUGCAGGCRCGCGUCCACGGGCUGCCCACCUCCUCUCCCUCGGGCGUCAACGUGGCCGAGCUGGCCCAGCAGGUGGUCAAGCAAGAAGCCGGCGGUGACGAGGCCACCCUGGAGCCGCUGCUGGCCCCGCCGGACCCCGAGUCGCAGCCGCAGCCCRCGCUGCCCGCRCCGCCGCAGUCUCCCUAUCACCAGCUGGACUUUWCCCACAGCCUGAGCUUCGACGACGGCUCGCAGGGCUUCCCCGACAGCCUGGAGCCCGGCCACGGCGCCUCCUUCCCGUCGCUGUCCAAGAAGGAGCUGGACUUGAUGCUGAUGCAGGACACCAUGCUGCCCCUGGCCUCYGACCCCUUGUUCUCGGCCAUGUCCCCCGAGGCCUCCAAGGCCAGCAGUCGCCGCAGCAGCUUCAGCAUGGAGGACGCGGACAUGCUGUGAUGGGCCGGGGCUGCUGUGCCUGGGGAGCUCCUGGGACGCUCCUGAGGGAGGAGCCCGUCCUGCCACGCACUUGAACCUCCCCAGGAGUUCCUUUCUCUAUGCAAUGGGUCGGGUUUGGUGGCUUCUCUCACUGGCAGCAGGAGAGGACCUUGCCGGCUUUGAGUGCAGAUCCCCCGUCCUGGGAACGGGAUCUUGGCCGCUUUGCCUUGCAGCAGAACCAGAACCUUCCUGGCCUCGCCCUGUCCCAUCCCCCGGGGUGGUGCCACAGAGCCCCCAAGAGAGGAGGGAUGAUGAUGAUGAUGAUGAUGAUGAUGAUGAUGCCAUGAGCUCUGCGUCCGCUUCGGGCUCUCCUCGCCUCGCUCCGGGAUCCUUCAUCCCCGUGGAGUCCUCCCCAGCCCCUGGGUGCUCCCCAGUCCAUCCAGUCCCUCCUUCCUGGGAGCUCUGGGGUUGUUAUUUGGUGCAUGUUCGUUAAUGUGGCCCCCCCCAGGGUGUUGAAGGCACCCACAGCACCUGGGAUUAGGGGGGUUGAUGCUCCAUGGCGCAGCACCCACCACCCCAAAACCCCUGGGUGAGGGUGCCAGGUGACCGUGAGCCUCCUUGGGAUGUCCCCACGGUGUCUCUGCCCCGUGACACCACCCCUGGCUCUGUCCCAGGAGGAUAAAAGGGUUUUCCACUUCAUUUUUUGGGGAUAUCCCUACAAGUGCUGCCCCACGAGGGGGUGAAGGUCCGGGCUCUGAGCAGGGAAUGGUUUGUGCCGCUGCCAAACCGGAGCUGCUGCUCCCAGCCCUGAGAUUUGGGGUUUGUUUCUGUUCCCAGCCCUGGGAUUUGGGGUUUGUUUCUGUUCCAGUGCCCCCAGUGUCUGGUCCAUACUGGGGAGCUGCUCUGGGCUCUGGGAGGGGCAGGAGAGCACUGUUCCCAUGGAUUUAUUGAGGGAGAGGAGGGAAAUGGGGAGAGGACACCCCUGGGUGACCGUCCCCCCCUGGGCUGGGGGUCACUUGGUGCCCCCUUCCUGCACCUGGAUGUUCUGGGGUUGGGACAGCCCAGCCAGGGAGGGACAGAGGUGUCCCCAUGGUGUCCCCAUGGUGUCCCCAUGGUGGCCGGGUUUGGGGUUGGCAAUGGGGUCAGCACUGGAGAGGGGUCUGGGGGCCGAGAGGGUGCGGGGAAGUGCAGAGGAUGGGGAGGAGAAAGGGAAGGAGGAGGGAGGAGGUGCUGGAGUGACCCUGGAGCCGGGCAGGGAGCGGGAAAGGAUCCCAGGGUGACCUGAGAGGGGCUCAGGGCUCUGAGCUGGGGGGGCUGGGGGUGUUCACAGGAGGCCUUGGCACCCUUGGAGUGCUGCCAUCAGUGCCUGGACACAGAACUGUCCCCACAGGGUCCCCCUGGGGACAGCGGGGUGUGGGAGAGCCACGGCUCCGUGCACCCCAAAGGGGCUUGGGGUGCUCCAGGGCAACAAUCCCAUGGGAAAUCGGGAUUAUCGUGGCUUUAGGGCAGUUCUGGGCACCUSUGGGCUCAGCCCCAGAUGUCUCCCUUGGCUGUGGGUAAACAGUUGUGGAUUAUAAUUACUUUUUUUUUUUAAUUCUUUUUGGGGGUUUUGUUUGUUUUUUCUUGUUUUAUUUUUUUGUUUGUUUUUUUUAAAGCACUGUGCGCUGAUUAAAAAAUUUUACUACUGUUUUAUAAAUAAAUGUAUAAAAGAAUGAACUGGAAUGGAAGAAGAAUCAUUAAAAAUAUAUUUAUUUACAA